AUGUCAGAGAAAGACUAUGAGUGGAUCGCAAAUUACUGGUCACAGCCUACUUCCGCUCUGGGCGCGCCAAACGGUUUCUACCCGGCUGCGCAAAUGCAGAAUACCGGGCAGACCAGCACUCCAAGCUACGACGGCCAUAUGGAUAUGGAUCCGAUUGCUCUGGCUCAAAGCGCGCUAGAAUCAUCCAUGCCCUAUCGACCUCAGAAUUCAUACUCCUACAUGUCUCCAUACGGCCCCUUCUUUCCUCCCGCGUCGAUCUCAGCUCAUUCACAACAGCAACAACCACAACAGCAACAACCACAACAGCAACAACCACAACAGCAACAACCACAACAGCAACAACCACAACAGCAACAACCACAACAGCAACAACCACAACAGCAACAACCACAACAGCAACAACCACAACAGCAACAACCACAACAGCAACAACCACAACAGCCGCAACAACAACAGCCGCAACAACAACAGCCGCAACAACAACAGCCGCAACGGCAGCAACGUCCGUUGUCCGCAACUCCAACGGGCUUUCGGGCUCGCCCAUCUACGAUGUCGUCCCAAGCCCCAAUACCGGCAGUGAGCCAUCAUACUCAUACACAUUCCAUUUUUGCGCGUCCAGGUCUAGCUCCCGCUCCAGGACCGGCUCCUCAAGCUCAGCAGCGUCCGCCGCCUUCCGCCCCCGCCCAGCGUCCACCUGUUGCUAAGCCCCGAAACCCUCAAGCACCCAAUCCAAAUAACGAUUUCAAGCACCGUCGCAUCGAGAGCAGUCAGGCAAAAGUGACCAGUGGAUAUGAUUUUUCAGGUUAUUCUUUUCAACCGCGUCAUCCCACCGAUGGAAGCUCCCUCCGUGACCGCAUUGACAUCGUUCAACCUUUUGACAAAAAGGAUGCUGCGGAGAAGACGAGCUACGAUCCAACCACCAUCGCGAGAGAUAUUCUAGUGGCGUCUGGCCGACACCCUACAGAACCAGCCUUGAACCACCAUUUGUCCCAAUUGCGCGACAUCUUUCAUUUGGUUGACAACACGGCCGACCUGGAUACCAUUCGCUGGGACAUUGUCGAUACUCUUAACAUGCAAGUCCAUCCUACGCAGCCUGCGAAGCCCGAGACUGCUAGCAAGCCUAUGCCUCCUCCCCCGGUCCCAACUCAACCCCCCAGUCAUUCUGCCGCUCCGCCUCGUCCACCGCCCGCUGCACUGCCACGUGAUCGGUCACAGCCAAUCGCAGCCGCGCCUUGUCCUACUCCGCCAUCGCGUCCGCCCGCGGUCUCGAUUCCUGUCCCGCAAGCACAGCCGCAACAACAACAACAACAACAACAACAACAAGAGCAGCAAGAGCAGCAGAAGAAGAAGCCGAAGCCGAAGCCGAAGCCGGAGCAGCAACAGAAUCGUCCUCAGACUCCAGCUUCUGUACCUGAGCAAUCGCCAAUGCCAUUGGUGCAGGUGCAACCUCCGAGACCGUCACCGCGACCGCAGAAGCUGCAGGCCAUAUCGCUUCCUCAGCUACCGUCUUCUCCAGCAAAAUCAAACAAGCCCACACCAUCCCAGCCAGUGCGGCGGGGUAGGUCCUUAAAGAAGCCCAAGCAACCUGAGACGAUGGCGUCGAAGAAGUCUGCGCCCAAGGUUGAGGUGUCGAUUCCCUUGUCUGCGCCGCCAGUGUCGUAUCCAGUCUAUGCGUGCGAAUGGCAGAACUGUCAGGCGGAGUUACACAACCUUGAGCUUCUCAGACAUCAUCUUCUUAAGUCUCAUAUUCCGUAUACCAUCACAUGUAGCUGGUCGGGAUGCGACUGUAACAAUCCGAUGGCUGCGGCGGAGCUGUUCAAUCACGUCAAAUCCAAGCAUCUCAAUCCAAUUGCGUGGAAGCUGGGAGACGGGCCAUCAGUACCUCAAACUGUGGACAAUGAAACCAGCGAGAACAUCCCAGGAACCUAUGAAACACCGGAAUCGAAUCAACUAGGAGGCGAAGACUCACUCAUCCUUCCAGCUAGCUAUAGCUCCAUCCGCGCGUUUAAUCAGGUCCAUGGCAAUACCUCUCAACAAGACAAGGCCCGGGAGAUUCUGAAGGCGGUGCAAAGACACAAGGAAAGGAUCGGAGUGGGACUCGACCCAGGCGGUUGUCAACUGGCGACUCCUGCACGGAAUGAGCGAGUCACUAAUGACGAGGAGUUUUACGAGUUGUACUCUGACCCGGAAGAUGGACCUGCGUGGGAAUCCGAGUCUGAGAUGGAGUUUUGA